CGACUACUAAACGGUCGCUAACCACGCGCUCAAGAGCGCGAUGACUGAGAUUUUCCACUAUCCUGAAGAAAAGGUUUUCAAGGCAUUUAUAUGGUCAAAGUCAUUUGUUUUCUAUGCAAUCACCGUAAUUUUUCUCUUUCUCGCACCAAUAAUAAUCCUUUGUAACGUGAAAUAUAUUUGGAUAGAUUUCAAAUAUAUUCCUGUCAAUAUGGGUCCUUGUUCCCCUGAAAUAAGUCAGUCAUUUGUUUGGAUUUAUACUGCUGAUGAUCAGAAUCAAAUCAACUCGAAUUUGUGGUCCGGAAUGGACGUAAAAAGGAACACUUUGAGAAGUGAAUUUAUUAGCGUUGAAGACAACCAAUUUCUAUCUGGAUCAUUAAACUACUUCAGCCAUGAAGAUCCUGUCCCAUGGCCAUCAAAAAAUGUCGGAAAACUAAAUUAUAAGGCAAUUGAAAUGUCGAUCGAUAUAUUUAAUGUUACCAGUCUCAAGAUAAUAGGGAAACGUCUUUUUAUCCCGAUAACUUGUGGUUUGCGACAAAACAAUAAUGAGUUCUCACUGAACGUGACUGGAUUAAUAUGGAGUGAAUUCAUUUCCCAAACGUCAAUAACUGAUUUAUUUAUUCAUAGUGAAUUAACAAUAAAACAAACACAAUCGAUUAAAUUACACGGAAUGGAUCCAAUUGAAAAGGAGUACUACAUGAGACCUGUAAUGAAUAUGAACACUGUCCGUUAUAAUUCGAUCAUUUCUAACUUAAACAAUGCAUUGUAUGAUGUGAUGGAUAGAAAUUUGACCAUUCAUCUUGGAAAAACACAAUAUUUUAUGUCAACUAGCGAAGCGGAUGCCCAAUCAUCAGAAUCAUUUCAUAUUACAUUGGUAAUAAAUCUUCCAGAGCAAGAAUUAUUAUUUGAAACACCAUUUAUUCAUAAAUUAAAAUGGGCAUAUAUCUUUUAUAUUGGUAUAUGGAUUAUAUUUUAUUGGCCAAUUCAAUGGUUACAACGUUGGGUAUUUGAAAAACGUCAAUUGAUGAUCUAUGAUAAUUUAGUUGAAUUUAAACAACCGCCGGCGCAUGUUUAUCUAAAUCAAUUAAAGAAUGAGUGGUGAUGAUGUAUGGAUGGGCAACUUUCUAUGAUUAUCAAGUUCCCAAGUUGAAGAAAAUUGGACAUUAGUUUCUAACCAUAUCAAAUUCCAUGAAAUACAUUGAUCAUAUACAAUAGAAUGUUCAAUAUCUUUGUACAUUGUUCUAUGUAUGAUGUGUACAUAAAUAUUUGACCAAUUGACUUUGUUUUGUAUAUUGAUAGUAAUCCAUCAUUCAAGUGCAACUUGGAACCUGACAUAUAUGUACAUCAUUUCUAAUUGUCAUAUCAACACCAGUACACCAGUAUAACUAAAUUUACUUUUACUUAUUGCAUAAUGUAUGAUUUACUUGUAGGUUAGUGGAUAUGCAUUAUUGAGGAGCCCCAUACUGAGAUAAAACGAUCAUUCAGUGCUUUCGAAUAUUCAAUGAUUGUCUAACUCUGAUCAUGAUUUCAAUGAAAUUCAACAAUUCCCACAGCCCUGUUACUUUCUUACGCCUGUUACUUCUAAUGGAGCAUAGGCCACUGACCAGCAUUCUCCAACCCACUCUGUCCUGAGCCUUCUUUUCUAGUUCUAUCAAUUUUUUGUUCAUUCUCAUGUCUGUCUCCACAACCCUAUACUGACAAUAAAUAAUCUCAAUGAAAUACCUUACCUUUCUUUUACAGUAUUACUCUUAUUGUCAAAGGAUACACAGUCGCUGGAUACUCUCAAUUAUAACGAACUACUAAACAUUGUCAGUUUCGUGAGUUCAUAACAAGGUCCAUCGCAAAUAUAUAAGGCUCAUAAAAAGUAACUUUGUUUAUCGAACGCGUCGACAACUUUACUUAUCUUGGAAGUCUGAUCAGC